AUGAACAUAAAAAACCAGAGAAAUAAUAUUAUUUAAGUCCUUUUCCAAAAGAUGUAAUUGGAUUAAUUGCAACUAGUUAUGUUCAAAAAUUUUAAGGUGCAUAUACUUUAGAAUUAUAAUAAAAAUAAUAGAGAUCUUUAUAAGAGGAAUUAAUUUAUAGGUAUUUUAAAGGUAGAGCCCCUCCAUAUGAAUUAAGUUAGGCUGAUAAAGAUGAAUUAUAUAAUUUUGAAGGAAAUGAAUAUCAUUUAUGUGAAGAUAGAGGAUAGUAGUUCUUAAAGAAAUAUUUUCAUACAGAAGUGAUAAAA